AUGAGCGGAGACCUUCGACCUGAGAGCGAUGACGGCGGUACCGACGCUGUGAGUAGAUUGCUAGGCACCAACACGACGCUAGGAAUCAUCGCUGGACUCACGUUGGCGGCUGCAAACGAGCAGCAUCAUGACGAAGACGACGAUCACAUCCCUCCUAUGCCGGAGCCUCUUGGAAGAACUCGACGGAGAAGCGUCUUUGGGCUUCUUGGAGCUGGUCCAAACAGCUUUGCAACCUCUAGCCCAGUCAAGAAGCCGCCGGGUCCUCAUGCUGCAGUGUUUUCAGUGCAAGCACCUCGUGAGACCAUCCAGAGACUACAGAACCACAACAAGCUACUUAAGCAAGAGUUAUCGAUCGAGGCUAGAGCAGCGAGGGAGCUGUUAGGACAGGAGAAGCGCAGUCGAGUCGAACAGCUCCGAUCCACACUCGCCACGUUCGCUCGGAAGCUCGCCAAGACGCAGCGUCAAGUGGAGAAGACAGAGCAGAUUAUCCUUCGCAAGACUCGAGAGUUAGCCGCUUUGCGUCUUGCAUUGCAGCCGAUUCCUGCUCAUGAAGCUGCCGCCGCGAUCGCCGCUGAAACAGAGGCUGGAACACCCGGUAAACCCUUAGCAGGAGCGGCCGCUGCAGCCGCAGUGUCAGGAAGACUUCGCGUGGCGGAGAACCGACUGGAGCUCGCUCUGGUUCGCAAGAAUGAGGUCGAUUCUGCCAACAAACACUUGCUCGCACGAGUGGAUGCCGCUCGACGAGACCGCAUCAUCUUUGACGGCAUUUACAAGAAGCUCGAGCGCGAAACUAGCGGUUGUAAAGCUCGUCAUGAACAAGCAAAGGCUGAUUUGACUCGAGCAACGCACGCAAGAGAAGCAUUGGCUCGGGAAGUUGCUCGGCUGCAGGAUGCCGCCGAACGCGAGCAGUUCGAGUACGAGCAUCAAUUCCAGGAACUUAAGCACAGUAUCGAGCACUGGCGACGCGAAACGGGCGUGCGUCUGGCUGCCAGUGAGAUGCAGAACGCGUCCUUGGGUCUAUCGGAGCUCGAUGCAAACUCCGAGCAAGACAAAUCUGGUGCAGGAACGUUAUCUCGAGUCACUGCACUGUCAUCCUGGAAGAUCGGAGUGGACCGAGCGCUGACGUCUGUUCCCGACAGUCUAAUGGCCAAAUAUGACCAAGCGUUUGCCGCUAUACGUGAGCGUACAGGGCUUCAAGAUGCCUCAGCAUUAGCGCAAGACUUACUGGCACGCGAUGCAGCCAAUUUCCAACGCUUUAAGCGUGUGGAAGAACUUAGUCGCGAGGAAGUGGCACUGCAGACUCAAGUGGCUACGCUCACCACUCAGAUCGAGACUUUCAAGGCUCGUGAAGGGAUAGCAAGUCGAGCCUCACAGAAACAGCAGUGUAGGCGAGUAGAAGCAGCUUUACGUGAAACACAACAGGCUUGCGAUGAUCUGGACGCGGAGAUCGAGGAACGAGAGGCUGUGUUAGGCAGAAUCAAGGCCUCGGUACACUCAGUGCAUAAUACGAUGGCACACGCAGCUACUGGUGGCACUACGAGUGGGAAUGCUACAGCACUUGGACAGGGCAUCACGGAUUCGAGCGUUAUCGAGUAUUUGCAGGCUAUUGAGAUGUACACGACGGCACUACUACAGAGCAAAGCUAGUGGUGAAGCAAGUGAAGCUUCACCAGCGAAAACACGUGGUCAAACUCAAGCGCAGACUCCAACCGUCGAUGCAACGUCACCACUGCCAGUGGGACACGGCCCUCCUACAUUACCGUCCGAUCCGCGACAAAAGUUGCAUGUACAUGUGCCAUCUUUUGGCGGCGUUGAUGGGGUCAUCGAGUUGCCAGCGCCCCUGACACCGGACGGAGUCAUCAGUCCAUCGUCGAAGCGACACAGUUCGAAGCAGCCCCGCCGUGCUUCUUGUCGUGAGUCGGUGUCGCUGCGUCAAUUCGCAGGAGCACUCGCUGUGGCGCAUGCACUCGGGGAUGAAGUGAUGGGAAACCGACGAGCUGGAAACGAUAAGAGAAGUCCCGAAGCUAGCGGAGCUGCAACUGGAGAGGAAUUGGCAGACGAUGAAGAGGACGAACGAGCGCUUACAUACGACGAACUCAAGCGCUUUGCAGAGAAAAACACGAAGAGCAAGCGGCGUGGCAACACGACUUCGAAGGUGCAUCGCUGAG